CCCAUCACAAAAACUUCAGCUGCUUUCAGCUGAAAUGAUCAAACUCUUGACUGAGUCUGACUCAGCAGAACCUGCAGCUCGUCAACGGGUCCGAGUGCCACAAACUGACGUCACCCGGGUCCAAACUGAGCAGCUGAGCAACAAGUCGGAGCUUAUCAGUCCAGAGCAGGCGACACGAUGAGAGGAGCAGCCCGAAGAAAAACCCAAUCCAGGACUCGGAGACCAGGACAAAGCCUGUUUGGGAAGCCCUUUGAUGGGGGGAAGAGGAUGGAGCACGGCGUCCCCCCGGAGCAGCAGCAGCAUCCCAUGGAUCAGCAGCAGCACCACCCGGCCAUGCUGCGACUCUACGAGGUCCAGAAGGAGGUGUCGGCUCUGGGGCCGCAGGUCUGCACCUUCAGCGGCCUGCAGAACGAACGGGAGUACAAGCGCAUGGAGCGGGAGCUGACCCGGCUGCUGCUGGAGGUGGACCAGGUGGACGCGGAGGGCCGAGCGGAGCUGCAGGGCGUGCGAAAGAGAACUGCGCAGGAGGUGGAGGGCCUCCUGCGCUACCUGGAAGAAAACGCCACCCACCCGUCCCGCCAGGCCAUCGAGGAGCUGAGCACUGCGGCGCGGCAGCUGGUGGAGGAGCGCGUGGUGGCGCCGCAGCGGGCCGGCGGCGUGGCGGAGAUCAACGACGAGCUGGUGGACGCCCUGCAGGAGCUGGUGCUGAGGCUCACCCAGAUCAAGACCGAAGGCAGGGUGCCACUUCGCAAGGCCCGCUACCGGGCGCUGACGCGCCUCUGCGCCGUGCAGGACGUCCUGGAGGGACGCACCCAGCAGCAGACCCUGUCCCUGCCGCUGUCGGGAGACACCCACGAAGCGGUGAACCGCAUCAACCAGGUGAUGGUGAAGGUGAGCAUGGCCCGCAGCCAGCUGGUGGCCCUGCUGAUGGGACUGAGCGGCAGGGACAGCUGCGCUCACCUGUCCCGCGUCCUGAUGGAGCUGCAGGUGGAGCUGGACGCCCUGGACGUCUCCGGGAACGCGGCCAUCAGAAACUACCGGAAACAGGUGGUGGAGGAGAUCAACGGGCUGCUGAAACACCUGGACCUGGAGGGAGAGGGCGACGACACCCGCAGGUACGAUCUGGCGCAGAACAACUCCAUCCGUGAGAUCGAGGCAGUGCGAGCUCACGUGACCCACCUGCGGGAGGGCGUCCUGCAGCACUGCGUAGUGGGAGACCUCAGCUUCAGGCCCAAAGCCGAGCUGCAGACCCUCCUCACGCACCUGGACCAGGUGGACACGGCCAAGAACCCGUGCAUCCGAGAGGCCCGGCGCCGCGCCGUGGUGGAGGUCCAGGCCGUCAUCACCUUCCUCGACCUCCGCGAGGCCUUGGUCUGCCGCCAGCCGGGCCCUGACGAGCACCCGUCGCACCGGGCCGUCUGGCUGGUGCUGGGGAGCCUGUCCAACCUCCAGGCCCAGGUUCUGGGCUUCGACGGCAAACGGGCCGACAAGAGCUACAUGAUGCUGGAGGAGCUGCUGACCAAGCAACUGCUGGCGCUGGACGCCGUGGACGCCCACGGAGACGAGUCCACCAAGAUGGCCCGAAAGCAGGCGGUGAAGUUCGCCCAGAACAUUUUGAACUACCUGGACAUGAAGACCGACGAGUGGGAGUACUGACCCGACCCGAGGAGCGCAGGACGUCUGGAAACCCUCAUCAUCAUUCCAUUGCUGAAAAUAUGAACUCACUCUCCCAGAAUCCACUGCUGCAGCGUCUUUCUUUGUGUCUGUGGCUGGAAAAACUCACAGCUCCUUUUUGUAAAAACACCGUCAACCCUGCGCGUCGGUUCUGGAUGGUUCUGUCUGGACCUCCUGGAUGUGUCAGCUGCGGUGUUUUGUUUUUUCAUGUUUGGUCGUACAAAUCUACCGCCGACGCUCUGAACUUCCUCCUGAUCAACAUUUUACCAGAUAAUCAAUACACACUCCUGUCUGUACUUAUGGUUUUAGAUUCUAAUAGAAGCUUUUCACCUGCUCUCAAAAACAUUCUUCGCCAUAAUUGAAAUACAAAUGUCAACAUUUGGGAUAAUUACAGACAUUAAUUUAAAAUAUCUAUAAAUCCUUCAAAAGUUAAAGUGGUCAGAGUCUAGAUGAACUGCAAAUAUUUUUAAUUUUAAUUCUGACUACCGGUAGAAUAUUGUGCUAUUAUUCAAAUCCAUAAAUGUUAACAGAAGCAGAGGUGUGAUUUGAUUAUGUGGUAAAAUGUCCUGCCAUACAAGGUGCCAACUUGGGCUGCUCAAAACAAUGGGACAUUUUUUUCGUACAACUACAACAUCGAGAUGAAGAAGAAUCAUCAGCUGGUUUUAUCACCCUCUGAGGGUUUGACGCCAUAAAGAAACUGAAGAAAAGAAAAACUGGCGUUUGACGGAGGAGCGGGCACUUUGUCUUUGCUCAGAUUUGAACCCACUGAAUAUUUUAUUUAACUGCUGCUGCUUCUGUAGGUGGUUUAUUUAUUAGUGUUUUUUAUUCAGAGCACGACAUAUUUGUUCAGGAAAAGGACGGAAGAGAAGCCGAGGGUCGGCACAUCGAAGACGGAGAUCGACAAACUUGCUGUCGGACUCUGUUUUUAGGAAAAAAACUGAAUAUCCGUGCCUUUUGCUUUUUAACGUUUCACCUUUUUUCUUUUUUAAGCAAUGAGGAAACUGAAGCACUGAAUGUGUUUAUGGACAGAGAGCACCUUCGCCGUUAUCACUACAGCAUAUCUGCACUUAUUAGACGAGGGACAGUCCGGCUAACAGCAAUUUAGCUAACAUACAGCAUUUUGGCUAACGGGAAACAAUCCGGCUAAUGGGAAACGAUCUGGCUAACAGAAAGAAGGUUGGCUAAUGGGGAAGGAUCCAACUAAUGGAACAUUUUAGCUAACGUACAGUAUUUUGGCUAACAUGGAGCAGUCUGGCUAAUGGAGCCGCAGGUUGGCUAACGGGGAACAAUCCGUUUAACAGAGUCGUAGGUUCGCUAAUGAGGAACAAUCUGGCUAACAGAACCAUAGGUUGGCUAACGGGGAAUGAUCUGGCUAACAGCAGUUUAGCUAAAAUACAGUAUUGUGGCUAAUGAUGAACAAUCCGGCUAAUAACAAGCUCCUUGGCUAAUGAGGAACAAUCUGGCUAACAGAACCAUAGGUUGGCUAACGGGGAAUGAUCUGGCUAACAGCAGUUUAGCUAAAAUACAGUAUUGUGGCUAAUGGGGAACAAUCCGGCUAACGGAGCCGCUGGUUGAUCAUAGUGGAGUAACGAACUAAUAAAACUAAACGAAAACACAAUGAAACCACCAAAAAUCCUGAACGGAGGAGAUCAUUAUUAUAAUUAUAAAUAAGCUAUGAUUUAUUUAAUUAUUUUUUAGCAGAUGUGUGUAAUAAAUGACUGGAGUGCCACAACAAGCAGAAUUAGGCACAAGGUCGUAGACUGUUUUUAACUAUUUUCCUGUAGCCAAAAAAAGGUAAAAUUUAAAGAGAAAGGCAAACACUGUACUGCAGAGCAAUGACUAAUGAAAGUAAAAUUCAUUAAAAAAAAUUAAACGGGCAAAAAUGGUGCAUCAGUCGACAAAUGUGUUUUACAAAGUCAGCACUUUCAUCUGUAAAUUCAUGAACAGUGUUAAAUUGUUCUUUGUUGUUUUAUUUUUAUAUCUUAUUUAUUCCUGUUUAUGGAUCUAUUUUUGUGGCACUCCUGUUGUUCCGUAUGGACCAAAUUUCCUGCAGUUCAUAGUUUUUUUAGCUUUUAUUUAAUCUACUUUAUUUUUUUGUAUUAACCCUGACCAGGCAUU